AAUUUAGUCGAACGUAAAAUUUCAAUAAAAGCAGAUGUCUGCUAUAUAGAAUUGCUUACAAAACGGUGGCAAUUGCAAUUGUUUAGUGUGGCAAACAACAAAUUAAUAUUCCUAUGUUGUGUUAAAGUGUUUUAGAAAUUCAUACAUAUUUAUUUAAAUAGAAAAUUUUUAAUUAAGUGUAUUAGAUUUUAUUGUGAUUAUUAGCCAUAUCAAUUAUUUGCUUAAAUUAUAACAUUUAAUGCAAAUUACAUAAGUAAAAAAAAGAACUAAAACAACAAAGAAAUUGGUUUUUGUAAAAUCCAACUAAAUAGAAGAAGCAAAAAAAAAGGAACGGAAAAGACAUAACCUCGACCACAAAAAUAAAAUAAAUUUAAUUGCAAAUAAAAAUAAAUAGAAUAAAGCAGUGAUAGACAAAAAAUAAGCAAAGAAUAAUAACAAUAAUAAAUUUAUGCAAUUAAAAUAUUAAUAUUAAAAUAUUCUAGUUGUAUUGUAGUGUCAAACUAUAUUUUUUUUGCAAUUUCUUUGCAAUAAAGUUUUUUUUUUGCAAUAUAGCACGCGUCUCCGAGUUGCACAAUUAAGUUGUAAAGUGUUAAAUAGUUCAGUUUUUCUUUCACUUAAGUAACGAAAUCUACAACAAUAGGUUCCCAACUUGAUAUAUACACAAUGGCCUGGGAGCAUUUGCGACCGGGCAGUUCACCCGUUGAUUGGUGUGAAGGCAACUAUUUAAUAUCGGCAAAUAUUGCAGAAUUUGUAAAUACGAUAAGUAAUUUUCUGUUUUUAUUAUUGCCGCCGGUAUUAAUGUAUCUAUUCAAAGAAUAUGGACGUUUCGUUACGCAAGGCAUUCAUGUACUUUGGGCUCUACUUAUAAUUGUUGGUCUUAGUUCUAUGUAUUUUCAUGCUACUUUAAGUCUCAUCGGUCAAUUAUUGGAUGAAUUGGCCAUAUUAUGGGUAUUUAUGGCUGCAUAUUCUUUAUUUUGCCCUAUGAAAUAUUUUCCAAGAUUUUGUAAAAAUAACAGAGUUCAAGAUCAACGUGUCUAUCGUUUAGGUCUACGAUCCACUGCAGUUUGGCUGAUAGCGGUCAUCUGUUGGAUUAAUGAUCGUAUGUUCUGUGAUGUUUGGUCUUCGAUAAGUUUUCCAUACCUACAUGGUUUUUGGCAUGUAUUUAUCUUUAUAGCAGCAUACACGGUACUAGUGGUUUAUGCCUAUUUCUAUGUGGAAAAUGAAUUACCACAAAGACGACCUCUACUUAAAUAUUGGCCUGUUAAUGAUUUUGAAUUGGGCAUACCAUUCAUAAGUAUACGAAAUCCGGGUAAGGAUUUUAAAAAUAGUAUUUAAACAAUUUUUAAUGUAGAAAUAGUUUAAAUUAUAAACAAGUGAUACAAAACAUUCAGGAAAUCCAAUACUUCGAUUUAUAUAGAAAAAUAAACGAACGUAGGGAUAUUGUUGGUGUUGAAAAAAAAUAUAUAUAAAAACUUCUAACUUCGUUUAGAAGUAUUUUUGUUAAUUGUUGAAAGUAAUUUGUCCAAAAAUCAUUAUUAACUUAAAAAGUGAUAUAAAAACAUGUUGCACAAUUGUUUUUUAUAUAAAACUAAUAAAAUAUAAGUAGGAUUGAAUUAUAUUAGGGUUUUAUUAAAAAUCUAUAAAAUAGUUUAAAGAAAAUAUAUUAUAAUCUAAAUAAUUGCUUAAUAUUAUUUAUAUUAGUAUGAUAUACAUCAUACAUUAUGUAUAUGUAGAUAAAUUGGUCGAAAUAGUGUAAUUUGUAUUAUAAACAUGUUGCUGGGAUGUGUUUUAAUCAAUUGGCAAUUUGUUAAACAAAUAGAAAUUUUAUAAAUUUCAUAUAUUAAUAAAAAUAAAAUUUUUUUCCAGAAGGUCAAAAGGUUAUUACAUUUUAUAAAGAAUUUUUAAAAUGUUUUUACAAGAAAUUUGUAAUUUUCCGAUCCCAUAUAGUUGUGUUCGUACUUAUAUACAUAUAUUCUGGUUCCCUUUAGAUAGCGAAGUCGAUUAAGGCAUCUACGUCUGUCUGCCUGUCUAUAUAUUUGUUGAAAUCAAUCGAUCAAUAAAUUAUCAAGUUAGGUUGGGUUGAUAAGAGAUUUUAAACAACAUCAAAUGUCAUUUUCGGAAUAACAUCACUUCCAAGAUACUUGGACAACCUCUGAAAAUACGUUAACAAAUUAAACAAGUAAUAUUUCUAUAUUCGGCUGUGCCGAAUCUUAUAUACCCUUCACCAAGUAUGU